UUGUGCUGCAGAGCUGACCCACAGCAGAACAGUUGGCAUACUUAUGAGCGAUGGAGGAAAUCUAUGCAAAUGUUAAACAUGACAACUUUGCUGACUUAAGAGCAUCCCAGAAUCAGAAAGGUCCCAGGAGCUCAGAGAGGAGAUUUCAUGGAUCUGUUGUUCUCUGUCUGGGUCUGCUCACUGUUCUCCUGCUGGUUGGACUCAUCGGCCUCGGUGUCCACUACCAUGUCUCCGCUCAGCGUUCAGCUGCAGAACUCUCCUCUAUCAAAGCCAACCUGACUGAGCGUCUUCAGGCCAGUGACAACAAGUCCUCUUCCCUGACUGAAGAGAGAGACCUGCUGAAUGCCAGAAUCACUGAAAUGACUCAAGAGCUGGAAAGACUUCAGAGUUUGUCCAAACUGCUAAAAACCUAUCCUGAAGGAUGGAAGAUGUUUAAGGACCGCUCUUAUCUCUUCUCCACUGAGUCUGGUACCUGGGAUAAAGCCAGAGAGGACUGCAGAAACAGAGGAGCAGAUCUAGCGGUGAUAAACAGUGACGAAGAGCAGUUGAUAGAACUGCAGCGGGACUCGAAACACUGCUGCUGGAGAAGCUACAGCCAUAUACGUUGGAGAACAAACUGAUCGCACAUAUGACAUAUGGCGGGGCAGCUGUAAUGAGCGGUGCAUCAUCCAGCCUAAAGGCCAGGUUAAAGGACACACUCCCUCACGCACACUUUAUGCACUGCUAUGCCCACCAGUUAAACCUCAUCAUGCAACAGGCCUGCUCAUCUCACACAGCCGUCAGAAUAUUUUUUGCAAAUGUUUUUCUCCAAGUCCCCCAAGACAACGGCAGUCCUAGAUGAAGUGUGUGGCAGGAGGAUGCCAGCGUCAGGACAAAGAAGGUGGAACUUUACAAGCUGUACCAGCCACACCAUGUUUGAACAUCAGGACACUUUGAAACAGUGUUUUGAAAAAGUACAGGAUGAUUAGUCUUGGGACAACCUGUCCGCAUUUCUGGGGGACCUCAGCUUUCUUUUCUUUUUAUCUUCUUCCCACUCUGCCCUCAUGCAUGUAGAUAUUCUCUACAGCAUUCUUCAGAAACAGAUCACAGAGUCUCUCAAAACGAGACAGGCCCUGAAGAAUUUUUCAUCCUCCAUAUCUGAACUUCUGACCACAGAUGACAAUCAGCCACAUCCAGACAUGGACACAGCUGCGGCCGCUGCAACGCCGCGCAGGAUGCGGUGGUCUGAUAAUGUGUCAAAAGCCGCACAGUGCUGUCACAUAAUGGCCGCACAGUGCUGUCACAUAAUGGCCACAUAAUAAGAAAGCCAGGCACUUGGUGUCUUUCAAACAUAUUGACCCUGAAAUCUUUCCACUGUUUAAGAACACUUUCCUGCAGAAGUAGCUGGACAUUGCAUGUGCUCAUUACCCAGUGAUCUGCAGGGAUAAACUGAUGGUCAUGUACAGCAGUGUGAAGUUUGCAGACCUAAUGUCUGCAAUCUCACUUUUGAGAGUGACAAUGAACAAUCCAUAGAGCACUUUUUCUGAAACACUGAAAGUAACCCACAUAGCCAUCACAACCCCCAUCAUCUGCAGAGUCAGAGAGGUGUUUCAGUACACUGAAAAGGAUCAAAUCCUUUCUUAGAAGUACAAUGAGACAGGACAGGCUAAACAAACUGGCUAUGCUGUCCAUUGAGCGGGACUUCAUCAAAAAAUCAGCAGGCUUUAAUGACAUGGUGAAUAACCUAUUUGCAUCACAGAAACGCCGUCGAUGAGAGCUGCUUUUUAAAUAAGGUAUGCCCAAGCUCUGAAACAACUCUCUCGUCUACAAAUAAUUAUUUUUGCUUUGGUGUUAUAGAUUUAUUUCUGGUACAUGGUGUUACAAAAUGUUGCUGGUACUUUUCUAUAAUGUUGUUGUAGCGCAAUUGACAUGUGCUGAUGUGUACAGAGGAGAGAGAGAGAGAGCCAUUCUUUUGGAUAUGUCUCCCCAGUGUUGUUGCUGUGACUUGAUGUGAUGCUACUGUUGCUGCUGUUGAUGCUGUGUGAAGUAUUGAUGAGUGUAAUACAUUUGUUAGCCCACCCACCCAAAAUGACCACCAGCCGUCACUGAUAAAGUGAUGGAUGGUAAAUGGACCUGUGCUUGUAUAGUGCCUUUCUAGUCUUCCGACCACUCAAAGCGCUUUUACACUACGUGCCACAUUCACGGCAAAGUCCAUCGAAUAGAAACUUCACACACCUAUGCGUGGCACCAGGAGCCGGGGGUUGAACCCACAACCUUCCAAUUAGGGAACGACCCACUCUGCCUCUGAGCCACAGCCGCCUCAUCUGUGAAUUACAUACUCACUCCUAAACAUCACUGUACACUUUUGUACUGUAUGUUUUCUAAUCUAAUCUAAACCUCAACAUAAAACCCAGCUACAACAAUGACUGUCUCACUGUGGACAACAUCAAGGUGUCUUUCUGGUAACAGACACCCUCUAUACCCUCUAUUUGUUUCUUCUUCUAGGUAAUAUUUCAUUGUAAU